AUGUCUUAUUCACAAUUACCUAAAAUUGAUUUCAUAUACAAACACGACAAACCCAAUUACUUGAUAUCCAGCAACUAUUUCGUGGUUAUCCGGGAUAAGUCGCAAUCAUAUAUCUAUUGCUGUCGGUGUAACCAAAAGUCAUUACACGGAGUUUCGGUGAAGAUCUUAAAGUAUUCGGAACCCAUUAGUGAUGACUUCCUGUUGACACGACUCGGACAGGGAGAUGUCUUAGAAAUUACCACCAAAUCGGAUGAAGAUUGGGUUCCCUAUCCAUUGCAAGACGGAUUUCAAACAGAUUUGGACCCAAAGUCGAGUGAAUUGUUGACAGAAAAUAAUGAAUUGAAAGAAAAGUUGAAGACUUUGAAGGAAUCCAAAGACACAAUGGAAAGGGAGUUAAGGGAAGAGUUGAAUGCUUUGAAGUCGAGUUUAAAUAAUAUUUUGGACCAAAACUCAAAACAAUUGUCGAAAGAAAGCAAUGAAUUGAGAGAAGAAUUGUUGACUUUGAAGGCAUCGAAACAUGCGAUGGAAAGGGAGUUCUGGGAUGAGUUGUCUGCCUUGAAGUCUGGGUUUGUCUCGCUAUUCACAAUUAACCAAGAUUUGGAUCAAAAGUCGCAGGAAUUGUGUAAAGAAAACCAUGAAUUGAGGCAAAAAUUGGUUGCUUUGAAGUCGAGUUUGCAUAAUAUUUUGGACCAAAACUCGAGACAAUUGUCGAAAGAAAGUAAUGAUUUGUUGGAAGAGUUGUCGGCUUUAAAGGCAUCGAAAGGUAUGAUUGAGACGGAAGUGAAGGCAUUGAGGGAUGAAGUGAUGGCUUUGAAGAACUGGAAGAAUAUUAAGGAUAAGAGAGACCGAGAAAUGGAUGACGAGAUUCAGUAUCUUCUUAUGUUUUAA